AGACUUAUACCUACAUCGAUGGCUACAGGAAACUGGACAAGGGUAACUGAGUUUAUCCUCAUGAGCUUCUCUUCCUUAUCCACUGAAAUACAGUCACUGCUCUUCCUGGCUUUUCUAACCAUAUACCUGGUCACCCUGAUGGGAAACAGCCUCAUCAUUCUGGUGACCUUGGCUGACCCCAUGCUGCAAAGCCCCAUGUACUUCUUCCUUAGGAACUUGUCCUUCUUGGAGAUUGGCUUCAACCUGGUCAUCAUGCCCAAAAUGCUGGGAACCCUGCUUGCCCAGGACACAACCAUCUCCUUCCUUGGCUGUGCCACUCAGAUGUACUUCUUCUUCUUCUUUGGAGUGGCCGAAUGUUUCCUUCUGGCAACCAUGGCCUAUGACCGCUACGUAGCCAUCUGCAGCCCCUUGCAUUACCCGGUCAUCAUGAACCAAGAGACACGUGCCAAGCUGGCUGCUGCCUCCUGGUUUCCAGGAUUGCCUGUGGCCACUGUGCAGACCACGUGGCUCUUCAGCUUUCCAUUCUGUGCCAGCAACAAGGUGAACCACUUCUUCUGUGACAGUCCACCUGUGCUGAGGCUGGUCUGUGCAGACACAGCACGGUUUGAGAUCUACGCCAUUGUUGGGACCAUUCUGGUUGUCAUGCUGCCCUGCCUGCUGAUCUUGUGUUCCUACACACACAUUGCCGCUGCCAUCCUCAAGAUCCCAUCAGCUAAAGGGAAGCAUAAAGCCUUCUCCACCUGCUCCUCACAUCUCCUUGUUGUCUCUCUCUUCUACGUGUCCUCAAGUCUCACCUACUUUCGACCUAAAUCAAAUAAUUCUCCUGAAAGCAAGAAACUGUUAUCAUUAUCCUACACUGUUGUGACUCCCAUGUUGAACCCCAUCAUUUAUAGCCUGAGAAAUAAUGAGGUGAAGAAUGCCCUCAUCCGGACCUUUCACAAGGCCCUCAGCCUCAGAAACUGUAUCACAUAG